UCUUUCCACUUUUAUCUUGUAAAUGAGGGUGCUUUUUUGUGUGACACCACCAACACUUAUUUCUAGAGACAUAGCUUUGACCAACUCUUCCUACCCACUACCUAUUUCAGCCACAGUCCUUUCCUGUUUAUUGCUUUUAUGAUGGCUGGUCAUCGUUCUGCCCUAUCCCAUCUCACCCUCGGAACGACUUCUUGGGGCAUUUAUUAUUACACAAGUCCCCCAAGUGACACGAGGUGUGACCUCCUGUUUAGAACACGUCUCCUCUAUCCGUACCAUUUCCCCGAUUCUCUGGUUUGCGAUGCGACCUGCGUACAUACGCGAGGAGUUGCAUGUGCGCUUAGGCAGGGCAGGGACUUGCUUGGGGGAACGGACAAGCAAGCCGGUUUCAAAGCCAACGGUAAUCUUACUUCCUCUCUUAUGGAUUUCCAACUACGCACUUCAUAGGUCGUAUUCACGACAAUGGCUGAAACCGUUUCCGUCAUAGCCGGUUGUGGCAAC